AUGCCACGUGGUCAGAAGAGUAAGCUCCGCGCGCGGGAGAAAUGCCGCCAGGCCCAAGAGGAGACCCAGAGCCUCCAGGGUGCUCAGGUCACUGCGAUGUUGGGAGAGGAGGCCCUGUCCUCCUCUCUUGUUCCUGGGGACUCCCCCAAGAGCUCCCCUGCUGCUGGCCCCUCCCAGGAGUCGUGGAGCACCCCAUCCUCCCCGAUGCCUACUGCAGCCGUCUGCAGGCCAAGAUCUGAGAAGGAGGCCAAGGGCCCCAAGGAGGAGCGCCCGGGCUGCUCCAGGGCCCCGGCCUCCACCGACCGCUCCCACCGCGACCCGCUCACCAGGAAGGCUUUCCUGCUGCUGCAGUUCCUGCUGCACAAGUACAAGACCAAGCAGCCCAUCCUCAAGGCCGAGAUGCUGAAGAUCAUCAGCAGGAAGUACAAGGAGCAGUUCCCCGAGAUCCUCAAGAGGAGCUGCAAGCACCUUGAGCUGGUCUUUGGCCUGGAUCUGAAGGAAGCUGAUGCCGGCGGCCAGUCCUACAUGCUGGUCAGCAAGCUGGAUCUCAGCCAUGCCACCACCCUGAGCGGUGGCUGGGGCUUCCCGAAGACGGGCCUCCUGAUGCUGCUCCUGGGUGUGAUCUUCAUGAAUGGCAACUGCGCCCCCGAGGAGGAGAUCUGGGAGUUCCUGAGCUUGCUGGGCGUCCACGACGGGCGCAGGCACUUCAUCUUUGGGGAUCCCAGGAAGCUCAUCACCCAAGAUUUGGUGCAGGAGAAGUACUUGGAGUACCGGCGGGUGGCCCACAGCGACCCACCACGCUACGAGUUCCUCUGGGGUCCCAGGGCUCACGCCGAGACCAGCAAGAUGAAAGUCCUAGAGUUUCUGGCCAAGGUCAAUGACACCGUGCCCAGUGCCUUCCGCUCCCACUAUGAGGAGGCUUUGCGCGAUGAGGAGGAGAGGGCCCAAGCCCGAGCCGCAGCCAGGGUUGGCACCAGGGCCAUGGCCAGGGCACAGCCAGGGCAUGGGCAGGCCGCUGUGGGCAGUGCCUAUGGCCCUUAG